AUUUCUUUUAGAAUUUAAUUCUACAGAGUUGAUAAUUUGUUUCUCUCUUUGAGAACAGAUAUCGAAUGGAACCCUAGCAGAAAAAUAGGAGUGAGAUUUGAAGGAGGAGCUUGUAUCUGUCUCAAAAUCUGAGUUACUCAGUACCACGCUCAGAUAUCGAAUGGAACCCUAGAAAAAAGGACUGAGAUUUGAAGGAAGAGCUUGUAUCUGUCUCAAAAUCUGAGUUACUCAGUACCAAGUUCAGGUAGCAUCAUUGUCCUUCAAUCCUUUGCCUUUUCAAUUUUCAGGAAUUUUCUUCAAUUUGAAAAGCUGUUUUUCACCUCAUCACCAUGUUCAAUAAACUUCUGUACUUGAAAUGUGUCACUUCCACAGCAACAUCACCUUACCCUUUUAUCCACCACCACUACCCAUUCCUCCUUUCUCUCUGUUUCUGCACAGCAACUUCAAAUUCACGCUCAUUUGCGAUAUCCUACCUCAUUCACAACUUUAGAUUCUCUCCUGAAUCUGCUUCCAAAACAUCUAAGUCCUACAAUAUUUCUUUCCAGACCUCAGAAAAGCCCGAGACGGUGACCAGGUUCUUCAGAAAUCACGGUUUCUCUAAUAUUCAAAUAAACUAUAUGGUUAGAAAGGCACCGUGGUUGCUUUCUUGUGACCCCUGCAAAAGGUUAUUGCCAAAGUUUGAAUUUUUUCUCUCAAAGGAUGUUUCUAGCUCUGAAAUUGUUGACCUAAUAAGUAAGUACCCUGGAGUACUGCGUCCAAGCCUGAACAAUCAUAUAGUCCCGACCUAUGAAUUGAUAUAUAAGUUCUUGCAAUCUCAUGUGAGGACUACUCGUUGUAUGUUUGGUAAUUCAUUUUUCUCUCUCGGGGAUCGUCUGGCACACAACAUCAUAUUGCUGCUAGAGAAUGAAGUGAGCGAAUCAAACAUUGCAAGAUUGCUUGGGAACCAUAGUAAGCCGGUCUUUGCCUCAAAUGAUAUAAUUAAGUUGGUGAAUGAAGUAAAGGAUUUGGGGUUUGAUCCUUCAAAAGCAACUUUUGUUAUAGCGUUGAUGGCCAUAAAAAAAAUAAGUCCAUCCCUGUGGAAGGAGAAAGUUGAUACCUUCAAGAAAUGGGGUUGGUCUGAUGAAGCGGUGUCUGAAGCAUUUAGGAGGCAGCCUCACGUUAUGUUGACAUCUAUUAAAAAAAUAAAUGCCGUGAUGAACCUUUGGGUCAAUCAGUUGGGAAGGGACGCUUUGGAACUUGUCCAUUGUCCAAAGAUUUUAGGUUUGAGUAUGGAAAAGACAAUCAUUCCACGGGCCUGUGUUGUCCAGCAUUUACUUGCUAAAGGCUUGAGGAAGAGUACCAACUUUGUUUCUCCGAUUAGUGUUUCUGAAAAGUUAUUUCUUGCAAGGUUUGUGACAUGUUUUAAGGAGGAAUCAUCUCAACUAUUAAAGCUGUAUCAGGAAAAAGUUAGUGUUCAAGGAAAAGAGGAGGUUGGUGCAGCAUGGGGCAGUUCCCAAAUUGUUAACUCAUGAGGACANAUUUCUCUGGUUCAAGCUUGCUGUCUAAGUUAAACUACUUGGUGCGUUAUAAAUGAUUGAAGCAUGAAAAGCUUAGCACAAAUAACCUUCAAGUUUUUUUGUAUAACCUAGCAUAAUCCUGUUUUAUAGAGAUGUAUUUGCAUCCGUGUAAUUUUGAGUUUGGACUGGCAUGGAUCUUAUAGGAUAGGGAAGACAUCAUUACAAUUAACAAAAGUCCUUUAACUUUUGCGUAACA